UAAAGUUUAUAAACCAGGAUGUUUUUCCAAAUAGGACACCAGGAGCAGAUUCCUGAUUGAGAUAAGUCAACAUGAGGACUCACUGGUCCACGGUAGCUGGCCUGAUUUUAGGGUUUUGUGUCUUUUUGUCCUCCAACUCAAUCAUGCCAAAACGUGGUAACUGUCCAAGAGUCUUUAAUCCCAUCGUGCCAGGAAAAGCAUGUAGAUUUGACAGAGACUGUGAAUGUGAUGAUAAAUGUUGCGUGUACAGCUACGGAGCUGUCUGUGCCCCCCCAGUUUCAACUACACUAGGGUGUCCGAUCAACGUAAAUCAGAUGCCGAUUUGUGAUCAGGACUGUUAUUCUGACAGCGACUGCCGAUUUGGUGAAAAGUGCUGCGCUACUUGGUGUGGACACUUGUGCAUGUCUUCAAAACCAAUAAAGCCAGGAGAAUGUCCCGAUUAUGUGUGGCGCACCCGCUGUUUUGAUCACUGCAAACAUGAUAACGACUGUAGCAAUGAGCUGAAGUGCUGUCCGUCAAAUUGUGGCCUUUCCUGUGUAAGUCCCACUGUCCAAUCAGUCCCCAACUCUUAGUCUUAAUCUGGACAAGAAUACAAGCAUAUUGAACAAAAUCUCAACAUCAUGAAUGUGAGUGCAUGCUUAUUUGAUGAUUUUCUUUUAGGGCUAGUUUAUUCGUACUGAGUUCUGUCACCUUUAAAAUGGAUGAGAUGUCAUUGUUAGAUGUUACUUUAGAGAUCACCAUUAUAUUCAACACAUUGCCUUUUUCAUCACUUAUGUGCGAAAAGGGGAUUUUCCCUUUUCUGACUGCAGAUCCCAAUGCAGCGUGAAACUGACGCGAUGGGAUGUCUGCUGAUGCGGCACCAAACCAGCUCAUUUAACCGCACCUAAACCUUAACGUUUUGCUAUUUAUAACCUUCCCCUCACCCUCAUCCUAACGUUAACCCUCUUGCUACCUAAAACAUUACUCUCCAUGCAUUCUGACUGUGAAUUUUCGUAUUUGCCGCCCAAGGGGAACGUUAGAACAUACCAUCUGGCGAGGGGGGUGUUACAAAUACCCUCUACUUUUAACGUCCACCUUGGUAGUUGAAACCUCCUCUCGCGUUGCCUCGGUCCAAACACGACCAAUGAUGAGGCGGCUCCCGCCGUUCACUUCAUAGAGCCGGCUUUUAGAGCGACCGACACAUAACUAAUGUGUUAGCUAGCAAGAUGGUUAAGGUUAGGAUAGGGGUGAGGGGAAGGUUAAAUAACAAGAGGAUAAGGUUAGGGUGAGGUACAAUGAGCUUGUUUGGUGCCCUGGCUGCGGACAUCCCAUCGUGUCAGUUUUACGCUGCAUUGGGAUCUGCAGUCAGAAAAGGGAAAAACCCCUUUUCGCACUUAAGUGACGAAAAAGGGCACUUUUGGCGUCAGGGGUCUGAUGCGGAGGGUGGCUGACCAAUCUUUUGUUUUUGACGCGCUGGGAGUGAGAAUGUGUUGUUAUAUUAUGUCUAGAGUAGCACUGAUCUAUGAGAUCAUGGAUUGAUUUACGUCCCAUAAUAGUUUUUUUUAUGAAAAGUGUAACAUUUGUUGUUUAUUAUUACCAAUAAAAUAAUUGAAAAUU